AUGGACUUCACUACCUCUUGUGAGGACACAAAGUGGUGGAUGUUUAUCCUACCUACUCUUCUCGAAAUCCCAAGAUCAUGUGAUGCUAAUUUACUGUUACUUUUUAUUUUUAUUCUAUUCCUAGGUUAUGGACUUCUCAAUUGGGCUUGCUCGGCUGGUGGGCCUGCUUGGAAGAACGACCGCCAUCGUAUGGGUCGAGUUCCAAUCCCAGGGCCCAAUGGGCUCCCCUUUUUUGGUAGCUUAUUCAGCUUGAGCAGCGGCUUGGCACACCGUACCCUAGCACGCAUGUCUUUAAGCCAUGCAGCGAGCCAGCUGAUGGCUUUUAGCUUGGGUUCGACUCCAGUUGUGGUGACUAACGACACCCACAUUGCGCGUGAAAUCUUAACAUCCCCACAUUUUGCUAGCCGGCCGAUCAAAGAAUCGGCUAAGCAACUCAUGUUCAGCCGAGCUAUUGGCUUCGCCCCUGACGGGUCCCACUGGCGUAUGUUGAGAAGAAUCGCCUCCACUCACCUUUUUGCACCCAAGCGCGUACUAGCCCAUCAAGGAGUUUGCCGACUAGAAUGCGCAGCCAUGUUGAGUGCUAUAGGUGAGGAACAAUCCCUUAAGGGGUUUGUACAACUCAGGAAGCACCUCCAAGCUGCCUCUUUGAAUAGCAUAAUGGAAAUUGUAUUUGGGAAAAGGUACAACACCACAAAGCAUGAUAAUGAAGCUAAAGAGUUGAAUGAAUUAGUGAGAGAAGGGUUUGAGCUCUUGGGAGCUUUCAAUUGGUCCGAUCAUCUGCCGUGGUUGAAGUAUUUUUACGACCCUUUUUGUAUUCAAGCACGAUGUGCAGCUCUGGUGCCUCGAGUCAAAAAACUCGUUAAGGAAAUUAUUAAGGAACAUCGAAGUGAAGAAGAUCAAUAUAAAGUGAAAGAUAAUCUUGACUUUGUCGAUAUUUUGCUCUCACUCGAGGGUGAGGAGAAGCUCGAUGAGGACGAUAUGGUGGCCGUCUUGUGGGAAAUGAUAUUUCGGGGCACUGACACAACAGCUCUGCUAACUGAAUGGACAAUGGCCGAACUAAUCCUAAACCCUAAUGUCCAAUCAAAACUUCACUGUGAGCUCCAAAACAUAGUACAAAACAACUCAUGUGGUCUCAUCACGGAUGCCGACGUGGCUAAGUCACCCUAUCUGGAGGCGGUGGUGAAGGAGACUCUUCGGCUCCACCCACCCGGGCCCCUCCUCUCAUGGGCCCGCCUCUCGACAGCCGACGUCCCUCUUAGCAACGGUAUGGUCAUCCCAACCAACACUACCGCAAUGGUGAACAUGUGGGCCAUAACGCACAAUCCGAGAAUUUGGGAAGACCCCUUCGUUUUUAGGCCGGAGAGGUUCUUGGAAUCGGCUGGCGGGAUCAAUGUUGAUGUGAGGGGGAGUGACUUGAGGCUCGCCCCGUUCGGGGCUGGGCGUAGGGUUUGCCCUGGAAAGAACCUGGGGCUGGCUAGUGUCAGCCUCUGGGUGGCGAACCUGGUGCACAGUUUUGAAUGGAUUGAAAAUGGGGCUAGGCUCGUGGAUUUGAGUGAGGAGUUGAAGCUUUCUUGUGAGAUGAAGAAGCCUCUCUCAUCUAUGGCAAUUCCAAGGGCUAAAGGGUUCUUUCUCGAUUAG